AUGGUGCCUAAAAUUCAAAAAGUCGCCGUCGCAGGAGGCAUUUUCCCUGACGGUGUAAAUGUCAAGGUCGUCGACUUCACUUCUUUUGAUGCUAUUAAAGAUGCGCUACAGGGCCACCAGGCUUUUGUGGACUGCACUCUUGUUCACGACGAUACUCCAACAAGAUUGAUAGAUGCUGCCGCUGCAGCUCGAGUAUAUCGUUUUAUUCCAUCAGACUUCAGCCUAGAUUUCGACAACCGCAACGUCCACUCGGUGCCCGUCUUCUUCAAGAAAGACAUGAACGACAAGCACUUACUGAAGAAGUGUGAAGAGACCGGAAUGACUUGGAGUGUUAUCUGCAACGGAGCGUUCCUAGAUUGGAACCUGCGGACCGGCUUCAUGAACAUCGACAUCUACAACAAGAAAAAUGUUCACGUCUGGACCACACUCGAAUCAACUGGCAAAGCCGUUUCAGGAGCCUUGCUCCAUCCAGUGGAGACUGAAAACAAGCCUGUUUACGUGCAUUCUGUCAACAAAAGCCAAAAGCAGAUGGUGGACCUGUGCAAGGAAGCGUUGGGGACUGACGUUUGGACUGAGUCAAAGUCAAACAUGGAUCAGGUCUUUGCUGGAGCCUUGAAAGAGUUCCAGGCGGGUAACCACAGCAUGAAGGUUUUUGGCGACAUGAUACGCUAUGCGAACUCCAGGCCGGACUUCUCUUGCCCUUGGCCCAAAGACGACAACCCUAUGCUUGGAGUCAAAGAGAUGUCAGAUGAUGAGGUGAAGAGUCUGAUUAAGUCGAUUGCUACAGAAAAGGCAGGUUUUUGA